AUGGCGGCAGCCGUUGGGCGACUGACAGGAAUCCCCGGAGUGUGUAUAGCAACAUCCGGACCCGGAGCGUCGAACCUGGCCACAGGACUCGUGACAGCAACGACCGAGGGAGACCCGGUAGUGGCCCUAAUCGGAUCGGUACCUCGGGCAAUGAACACCCACCGCACACACCAAAGCAUGAAAGCGCUAGACAUUCUAGGUCCAACAGCCAAGUCAGCAGUCAACGUGGACGUCGAGGACCAAGCGGCGGAAGUGGUGCUGAACGCAUUCCGAACCGCCGCGACAUGGCCCAAGGGCGCCGCCGUCAUCUCAAUCCCAAUGGACGUGGCCAAAGGCCACUCGGACAUCCUCCCAUUCCAACCCACGGCAUUCGAUCCUCCCACCUACGGACCCGCACCAGCCAGCCGGUUGGACUUUGUAGCCAAAAUGAUCGAAACGGCAAGUCUGCCCGUUCUGUUUUUGGGAAUGAGAGCCAGCAGUCCCAAAGUCGUCGACGCCGUGCGCCAGCUAUUAUCCCGGUUCCCCAUCCCGACAGUCGAAACGUUCCAGGCCGCCGGAGCAGUGCCGCAAGACCUGGUCCAUCUCUUCUACGGCCGAGUAGGUCUGUUUCGCAACCAAGUCGGCGACAAGUUACUUGCCAAAUCCGACCUGAUCCUUGCCGUCGGCUACGACCCCGUCGAAUAUGACGCGAAUGCAUGGAAUCCGCACGGCGAUGGGAGAAUCGUCCACAUUGACUUCCACCCUUCAGAUUAUGGCUUCUACUACAAACCCGUGGCGGAGCUGGUAGGCUCGAUCGCCGAGAACAUUUUGUGUCUAUCGCAGAUGAUUGAGAGCGUUUCAGAAUCUUCAAUCACUGCUCUCUGUGGUGAUCUAACUAAGGAAUACAAGUCGUGGCAGGACCGUCCAGAAAUCAAACGCACUGAAGGACCCGUCCACCCAUUACAAUUCAUUAGUAUUCUCCAGGGUCUUGUGGACAAAGACACCACUGUCUGUGUCGAUGUGGGUUCUGUCUACAUUUACAUGAUGCGCUAUUUUUUCGCAUACGAGCCUCGUCGACUCUUGUGUUCAGAUGGCCAACAAACUCUCGGCGUCGCUCUCCCGUGGGCCAUUUCUGCAUCUCUCACACAGACACCGCCGUGUUCCGCGAAAGUCGUCUCUCUCAGCGGCGAUGGUGGUUUCAUGUUUUCAGCCCAGGAGCUCUCGACGGCGGUUCAACAGAAUUGCAAUAUUACCCAUUUCAUCUGGAACGACGAGUCGUACAAUAUGGUCGAAUUUCAAGAACUCAUGAAAUACGGUCGUUCUAGCGGCGUCAAGUUGGGUGGUGUCGACUUUGUCAAAUUUGCGGAGAGUUUUGGUGCGAAAGGGUUCCGCAUCAGUGACUCGUCUCAGGUCGAGAGCGUCCUGAAAGAAGCGUUGAGUUUCAAGGGCGUCGCGCUUGUUGAUGUCGCUAUUGAUUAUUCGGGUAACUUGGAGCUGGCGCAGCAUGUCAUUACUGAGGAGUGGGAUUGA